UUGCGAAGCUCGUCCACCGUGGUGGAGGAGGAGGAGGACGGCGUGAUCUACACCGUGGUGGUCAAACAGCCGCACGGGGCCCCCAACAGCCCACUGUCGGCGGUGACUCGUUCCCAGUGCGUGAAAGCGGGAACCGAGGAGAAGCUGGUUCUCCACCUGCUGCACUCCUUCGCCAUGGGGGACUCCUCCUUCAUCACCAUCUUCCUGUCCACCUACCGGUCCUUCACCUCCACCGAGAGAGUGCUGGACAUCCUCUCCGACAGGUUGGAGAGCCCGCUGGGAGACGGUGAGCGGAGCCAGACCAGACAGUCUUUCAACAGGGCGGUGUGCACCGUGUUCAGCACCUGGCUGUCGGAGUACCCGGAGGACUUCGGGGGCCUGGGGGGGCCGUCCCGCCUGCUGCGCCUAGCCCCGCUCCUCCCUCCGGACGCCGGGGAGCUCCGCGCCCGACUGCUGAGGGUCGCCGAGGGGCUCAGCGAGGACACGCUGCUGCCCCCGCCCACCAGAGGUCCCGGCGUUCCCGGCGUUCCGGUCACCUCUGAGUUUCAGCCCCACGGCGUUCUGAGCUUCAGCGCGCCGCUCAUCGCCGAGCAGCUCACCAAGAUAGAAACCGAGCUGUUCCUGCGCCUGGUCCCCUACCACUGCCUGGGCUCUCUGUGGUCCCAGCGGGAUAAGAAGGGGCGUGAGGGCGUGUGCUGGUCGGUGCGAGCCACCGUGCGCCAGUUCAACCGCCUGGCCAACGCCGUAAUGGCGUCCUGCCUCUGGCCCGCCGCCGCCGGCCGCCCCAGGAGGGCUCGGCUGCUGGAGAAGUGGAUCGGAGUGGCCGAGGAGUGCCGAGCCCGGAAGAACUUCUCCUCGCUGUACGCCAUCGUGUCGGCGCUGCAGAGCAGCCCGCUGCACCGACUCCGGAGGACCUGGCAGGACACGGACAGGUCGGGUUAG